UGGUCCUGGGUGUGUGCCAGCUGUCCCCUCCCUGGUUGGGAAAGCAGCAGCAUGCUCAGGCUGUGCAUCACGCACCCUGCACGGGAUAAAAGUGCUCCUGCCCUGGGCUCCUCAUCCACGGCCUCCUCAGGAACAGCCUCCUCCUUCCUCCUGCGCACCCGGACACCCCAACUCCUGCCGAGAUGUCCUGCCAGCAGAACCAGCAGCAGUGCCAGCCCCCGCCCAAGUGCCCCUCACCCAAGUGUCCCCCGAAGAGCCCGGCGCAGUGUCUGCCCCCAGCCUCUGGCUGCGCUCCGAGUCCCGGGGGCUGCUCUGGCCCCAGCUCCGAGGGCGGCUGCUGCCUGAGCCACCACAGGCGCCGCAGGUCCCACCGCUGCCGGCGCCAGAGCUCCGACUCCUGCGACCGGGGCAGUGGUCAGCAGGGCGGGGGCUGCUGCUGAUCUGCACCCUGACGCUGAGACAAGCGACUUUACAGGGAACCAGAAUCCCAAGGGCAAAGCAAAAGUCCCAUCCUGACACAUCCUCUCCCAGACACCCCGUUCUGGUUUUCAUGGGGUGAGCUAGGGUGUUCCUGUCGAGGGUCUGAGCUCUCCAUAGAAGGCUCUUCCUGUCUGGUGUCGGGAAUCUCCCAGCUCCCCCUGCAAAGCAUUGGUGGCGCUUGUGCCUGACCCUGUCAAAAAUAAAGUUUGUCCUGCUCAUCAGCA